UGGGUAUACACCACGUGCGUUUUCAGUGCUAAAUGUUUUCAUCUCGCGCGUGCUUCCAUGUGUUCGAAUUGUGAGUGAAAAUCGCUGGAAAUACCAUGGAGAGCGCCCCAAAACCCAACACAAAACCCAGAUUGACAAAUUCCCAACCACAAUUCCGGGAAAUCAAGAAGGGACAAAAUGAGAUUCUUAAGAUUAUGGGGGCUCCACAUAUUGAGUCCUUCAACUACAUGGUGGAUGAGGGUCUGGCGGAUUGUGUGAAGAACCUGCAGCCGGUGGAAUUUGAGCUGCCCAGCAAGGACAGAGUGAUGCUCAGGAUUGAAAAUUUCACGCUGUCCAAUCCAGUUGUGCCCCAAACUGUCAUUGAUGCCCGGACACGGCGGAUCUAUCCGAUGGAAUGUCGUCAGAGGAAUGCCACGUACCGAGGGCAGUGCUAUUUGCGGCUGGCAUGGUCGGUGAAUGGCUUGCCAAAGCCACCAAUUGACAAAGAUGUUGGAGAAUUGCCGAUAAUGCUGCAAUCGAAGCUCUGCAAUCUGAGCAGGAUGAAUCCUGGACAAUUGGUGAAGGUGGGAGAGCAUGAGAAUGAAUGGGGUGGUUAUUUUGUGGUGAAGGGCAAUGAGAGGCUUAUUCGGAUGCUGAUACAGACACGGAAAAACUAUCCGAUAGCUUUGAAGAGAGGCUCGUGGAGGGAUCGUGGGAAGUUGUUCAGUGACGUUGGGGUUAUUAUUCGAUCGGAAAUGCCUGAUCACACGACCACGAAUAAUGUGCUGCAUUUUUUGAACAAUGGAACAGCCAAGUUUAUGCUGUCGUAUCAGAAGGCUAUGUCGUAUCUUCCGGUGAUGAUGCUCCUGAAGGCUCUGAUGCCAGUAACUGAUCUUCAGAUCUAUCAAUCCUGCAUCCGGGGCUAUGAGGAUGAUUUGUACUAUUGCGGUUGUGUCCAGAGCAUGCUGAGAGAUUUGCAGGAUGAAGGUCUCCAUACGCACGAGGAGUGCUUGGAAUUCCUGGGAAAGGUGUUCAGGAAGAGACUGAAUAAACACUACGCCACGUGGAUGUCGGAUAUCGAAGUGGGACAGUAUCUGCUGAAGCAGACACUCCUAAUUCAUCUCACGGAGAACAAGGACAAAUUCCACAUGAUCUGCCUGAUGAUCCAGAAACUCUUCCAGGCUGCCCAGGACAAAAUUGUAGCCGAGGGAGCUGACAGUACAAUGAUGCACGAGGUGCUCCUGGGUGGUCAUCUCAUCCAGAUGAUGCUGAAAGAUCGACUGCAGCAGUAUCUGAUAUCCCUGCAAUUCAACAUCCUAAAAAGAGCCAAUAUGACUGGCUUCACUCUCAGUCAGUCGGAAAUGAUGAUGGCCAUGAAGUACUGUGGCAGCUUCACGAGGCAAUUUGAGAAUUUCCUAGCCACAGGAACACUCAAUAGUUCCGGAAAUCUCGGGCUGCAGCAGACUUCCGGCUUAGUCAUAAUGGCAGAGAACAUCAACCGGAUGCGCUACAUGUCUCACUUCCGGGCAAUCCAUCGAGGAGCAUUCUUCACGGAGAUGCGCACAACUGACGUCCGGAAACUCCUUCCGGACGCCUGGGGCUUCAUCUGUCCCGUACACACGCCUGACGGUACUCCCUGUGGCCUCCUGAAUCACCUGACCAUCAACUGCACAGUCUCCCGGGCACCAAAGCUCAAUGACCAUCAAAGAGUCGAACAAGAACUGCUAAAACUCGGAAUGACGGGCAUAGACAAUGCCUUCGUGGGAAAUGCCAAGAGCAUGCUGACAGUGAUCCUCGAAGGAAGAUUACUAGGCUACGUGCAAGAAAACCAAGUCAGUAGGAUUGUGGACAAGCUGAGGCUGAAGAAAGUGGCAGGAGAUGUGAUUCCCAACACACUGGAGAUUGUCAGUGUUCCGAGGAAGCAAGGAGGACUCUUUCCCGGACUGUUUUUGUUCCUAGGAGCAGCCAGGAUGAUGCGUCCGGUGAUUAAUCUCAUGGUCAACAAGGUGGAAUAUGUGGGAACAUUUGAGCAAGUCUUCAUGGAGAUUGCGAUAUGUCCGGAAGAGAUUUAUCCAGGAGUAACAACUCACAUGGAACUCUCAAAGACUGCUUUUAUGAGUAAUCUGGCUAAUUUGAUUCCCAUGCCGGAUUGCAACCAAUCCCCUAGAAAUAUGUAUCAGUGUCAGAUGGGGAAGCAAACGAUGGGAACUCCUUGUCAGAAUUACUUCCUCCAAGCAGCCACAAAGCUCUAUCGGCUGCAAACGCCCUCGACGCCGUUAUUCAGGCCUGUGCAUCAUGACAACAUUGAUAUGGAUGACUUUGCCAUGGGCACGAAUGCAAUCGUGGCUGUUAUCUCGUACACGGGAUAUGACAUGGAGGAUGCCAUGAUCAUCAACAAAGCGGCUUAUGAGAGAGGUCUGGCGCAUGGAAGUAUUCAGAAGAGUACGUUUGUGGAUCUCAAAGAGGCAGAUUUUUACUUUGCGCGCGAUCCUCACAAUCCAAAGUUAGCGCAAAUUCUGGAUACUGAUGGAUUCCCACAUCCUGGAACAAAAUUGAGCCACAAAUCUCCAUUUUACUGCUACUUCGACACGAACAAGGCAGUUUAUGAGACUGUGCUGUACAAGGACAAGGAGGACUGCAUUGUGGACAAUGUGAGGAUAUGUGGGGGCUUUGUCAAUAGUGCGCCCAAGCAGGCCUGUAUCACAGUUAGAGUACAGAGGAAUCCCUCGGUGGGAGACAAAUUUGCCAGUAGAGCAGGGCAGAAGGGUAUUUGCUCGCAGAAAUGGCCAGAUGUUGAUCUGCCUUUCACGGAAAGUGGCUUAAUUCCGGAUAUUGUGUUCAAUCCUCAUGGUUUUCCGUCUCGAAUGACCAUUGCUAUGAUGAUUGAGAUGAUGGCGGGGAAGAGUGGAGCACUGCAUGGUCUGGUGCACGAUGCCACUCCGUUUAAGUUUACAGAGAAAGAUACAGCAAUUGAUUACUUUGGACGACUCCUGGAGGCAGGAGGGUACAAUUAUUACGGAACUGAGAGGAUGUAUAGUGGCACAGAUGGAAGGGAACUCAGAGCUGACAUUUUCUUCGGAAUCGUCCACUAUCAGCGCCUGAGGCAUAUGGUAUCGGACAAAUGGCAAGUACGCGCGACAGGACCCGUUGAUACCCUGACCCAUCAGCCGGUGAAGGGUCGAAAGAGAGGCGGAGGAGUGAGAUUCGGGGAGAUGGAACGAGAUAGUUUGAUAGCGCACGGAGCAUCCUUCCUACUGCACGAUCGCCUGUUUCACAAUUCCGACAAGGUUUCGGUGAUUGUGUGCAGGAAAUGUGGGAGCCUUCUCGGACCCAUUAUCAAAGUGGUCAGCAGGGAUGGAGCAGGAGAUUUGCAGAGUGCUCCCGCUACGUGCCUUCUCUGCGGAGAUGGUACGAAUAUUGGACACAUCCAGAUUCCCUACAUCUUUAAAUUCCUGGUUACGCAACUCUGCUCGGUUAACAUCAACGUGAAGCUAGAUUUUACGGAGAUUUAAGGAUUAUUUUUGUAUAUUUACUGAAUAAAUAGCUUUUUGAUUAUA